UCAACUGCGCAUGUUCAAAGCAACAGGGGACAAAGAUGGAGGCCUCAGCUGUCUGUGCUCUGCAGUCUGCGGAGUCAGACGCUAAAAAUAACACUUCUGGUUCCCUUAGUGUGGCUUUUGUCACAGAUUCUGAAACAGUAAUAAACAGUAAAACUGAUAGUACCAUGGUUAAAGAACAAAAGAGUGACGAAGAGCUGCUAGAGGGUCUCCUCACUGACUAUUAUUGCCACAUUUGCUCUUCUAACCUGAUGUUUGAAUCCAAUCGGGUGGCCCAUUAUGAGGGAAAACAACACUCUCAGAGAGUCAAAACUUAUCUGAAUGCUAUGAGAGCAGAUCUGGGCAGAGGUUGCCAGAACACGUCCCGCGAUAGAAACCGUUUCUGUGAGCUGUGCUACGUGGUGUUCAGCUCGCACGUGGUCGCAAAGUCGCACUACGAAGGCAAAAUCCAUGCAAAAAAUCUGCGUAAGCGAAGUCUUCUCAUGCCAGUCAAGGACACCGCAGUGCGUAACUCGCCAGCCGUCACCCAGGAUCCCGUUGGCUCCGACCAGAACUCGUCCCAGGAGGACGACCCGGAGUGUCGCCCCGAUCCAACCCCGACCUCAAACAACCCGGCUCUCUCGAACACAGGGGUUGAUCUCAAAGAUCCCAACAAGUACUGCGCCCUAUGUGUCGCCUCUUUUAACAACCCUCAGAUGGCCUUGCAGCACUACAACGGACGCAAACACCAGAAAAAAAUGGCCAGAGAGGAGCUCCUCAAAGCGCAUGGAAACGAUGCGCAGCAAGGGAGCUCUUUUAUGUGCCAGAUGUGUGGCGUGUCAACCAACUCCCUAAAGAUGUACCAGGCUCACAUGCAGGGAAACAAACACCAGAUCAGGGAGAAGAAGUUGAGGAUCCUUUUUAAAUCCCAGCCAAAGGUCUACAGCACGUUCGCCGACGAACUGGCCGACUACAUCCAAGUGCAAAAGGUCAGAGGAAUCACCCCCAAGACCAGCGAGCUUCUCCCUGAAGAAAACACACAGAACGACGACGAUUAUGAAGAAGAAGAGGAGGUGCAGCACAAAGAUCAGUGCGAUUUGACUGCAGCGCCUGUUUUUCUGCCUAACUUCCCUCAAAUUUCCCACCUUCCUCCUCAGCCUUAUCCUGGGCCGCGGUUUGCUUUCACUCCAGCUCCAUCCUGGCCUCCCAUUGGCCGGCCCUACAGCUUUCCUCCUGCUCACCCAAGUUCCACACAGUUUACCGGCUGGCCCACAGACACUGGACGGCAAAGUAGACUCUCUACCUCCUCCACGUGCACCACAUCGUCGUCCUCAUCUCGUCACAGCUCAGACGGAAGCGAAAGCGAUGAAUGCGAAAACAGGAAUCCAGAAAAGAGAAGAGCGAAAAGACACAGGGAAGAUGAGGAGUCUGGCGCGGCGGAGAGCAGGACGAAGAGGCAGAGGAUGGAGAGGAGUUAUGACUCCGAGGACAGGAGGCGGGAGCAGUUUGGGGAGUCGGGGGAGGAGAGGAGCGGGAAGAAGCUUAAAGCUCACCGCAGGCAGACACGGAAACAGAAAGCAUGUCAGCAGGAGGACUUUGAGGCGGACCAGGAAGGAAGCACGAGUGACAGAUCACGUUCGCAGGCUAAAACCAGUGCUGAACCCAGCGAGAGUGGACACAGUAAGUCGGCCAAGCCCAGGAAAGAGAAGAAGAAAGCUAAGGAAGUGGUUGACACAAGGACAGAGGAGGAGAAGCUGUGGGACGACUCGAUUCUGGGUUGUUGAAACUAAUAAAUCACACCAACACUAUUACUUUUCUCCGAUUAUGUUCACCUAAAAUGUCACUUUAUAACACCUAAAUUAAUAAAAUCAAACAGCAGUGUAACUAUUUAUGUAUUGUUAUUGGCAGCAUUUUUACAAAGGAAAAAAUAAGAUCACUUCUGAAGGUCUAAUGCUAGCUGGCUAGCCUUAAGUCUGGGGUUUUAAGGAAGUGAGUGUGUCUAGAGUGUUAAUAAUCACUCAGUUACUGAAUAUAGCUGAAAAGUUUAUAUUUCUAUUAUGUUUUGCUAACCAUGCCAUAGUAACCUUGAAAUAAAUUGCUUUGAUUGUGA